AAUCCACGUGCUCGGCAUCGACCAACUACGAAAUUGAAGCCAAUGAGAGUCGCAAAGAAAGGAAAGAAUAUUUAAAAGAUUAAAUUCUUUAUAAUUGCUUUCCUCUUGUCUUCUCACCUUUCCGGGGUCGACUGAAGCUAAAGACACCCCAUCUACAAUGAAGAUUGUCGACCCUCAAACGGCAACUCUGACCAAUAUCGAGGUCCUAUCCUAUCUUACCGCUAAUGCGCCUCGAAAACCCCCACAAGCGCCUCCUGGCGCGAGACAUUUCAACCCGAAACCUGAUCUAAGAGACCACUGCACUGUUGUGACUGAGAUACAUAACUACGUUGAGCGUAUAUCUCCCCAUCUCUUGGACUAUCCUCGCUAUACGCAUGACAUUCAACAAGAUCCCAAAACACAUACUUUCCAACAGCCCUCCACGGACCAGCAACAGCCUUACAUACAACCAUCAGAACCGACACCUCUAGACAACGCAAUUCGAAAACUCCUUCAAGAACUCAAACCCUACGGGCUUACCAAAGGCGAAGUCAUGAUGAUGAUCAACCUCGGCGUAGGCUUGAAAAACAAGAACGCCGGUGCAGAUUCUAUGGAGGUGGAUAGGGGCGAAGUAGCGGUGGAUGAGGAUGGAAAUCAAGAAGAGGGAGGGGAAGAAGAUGAUGAUGCUUAUAGUAAUAAUGUCUUGAUUGAGAGCGUGAUUGAAGAACUGGGUGCGAGACUGAAGGAAGGUGAUAAAGAGGAUAUCUUCAGGAUUAUGAAUAAGACAUUGGGCAGUGCGGAAUAACCCAGGCGUAUGAAAUUUUGUGGUACUCUGAGUUUGUUUUUAUUAAAGUGAAGUGGUAUAGCUAGCAUAGCAGAGGCGUUUGUGUUCUAGUAAUAUCGGCUGUGUUUAGUGAUAUCGGUUUUUAUUACUGCAAAUACCACUUUCAGAUGGAAUCGAGAAUUAAGA